AUGGAAACAUCUUGCAUACCACUAAAUGCUGAAUAUCGAUGCCACGGCUUGCAUAAUUCUGGAAACUCUUGCUUUUUAAAUGUAUCUGCUCAAUUUCUUAUGGCAAUUGGCCCAUUUUAUCAUCUAUCUCAGAACGUUCAAGGGGAUUAUCCAUUUCUCAGGAGCAUCUUACAAGCUUAUACAUGUCAAAGGCUUUUAGAACCAUCUUCUCCAUUCUGAUUGAUUACAGAAUUAUUUUUAGGCUAUACUCCUAGAGCAAUUAGACAAAAUUGUGCUGGCGAAUUCUUAAGAUUUUUCUUAGGAAAUUUGGAUGAAGAAUUAAAACAUAUUCGGCCUAGACAAGAGCACGAUGAUUCCUUCGUAGAGGCAGGAAAACGAAAUAACUCUCAAAGCGUAAGCUUUCGGGCUCGAGGCCAGAGCGUACUAUAUGACAUACUCGGUUUAUGCAUAAAAAAUGAAUACAAAGCAAAAGGGCAUACAUCAAUAUGUUUUCAAGAAGAGCUCGUAUUGGCGGUUCAGGUUGAAGCCAAUUUAACCACAGCAAUUUCAAAGGCGCUUGCUAUAAAAACAGUAGAAGACUAUUGCAUUGAUGGAAUUCCUACAACUUGUACAGUGAAGUCUCAAAUCGCAUCAUUUUCUCCUUUCUUACUGAUUCAUAUCCAGCGAUUUACUAUAGUUAAUGGUAAAGUCCAAAAAAUUUCUCAGCAUGUAGAAUUUCCCAGAACUUUUACAAUUCCUUUGAAAUUUCUCUCUCCAUCAUUAAAACUCUCAACUGAGUCAGGACAUGUGCAGCCUCCUACAUAUGAACUUAAAGGAAUAAUUGAGCAUCAUGGAGAAUUCGCUAACUCAGGCCACUACACAGCUGUUAUUCAUCAUGGGAACAGCUGAAUUCUUAUUGACGAUAACCAAACUCGAUUUAUCACACCUGACAGUGUGCGAAGCAAACAAGCUUAUAUUUUAUUAUAUCAACAAAAUAAUAAAGAAAAUAUAUAA